AAGCCUAAAGAAAACAGCAAUUGCCCCAAUGGGUACUCUUCUCAAGUGCUACAAGCCCUUGUUCCCGCUGCGAUUGAUUCCGAUUCCGAACUCAGUGCGGACGAGUCGUCUCCCAACUCACCACUCCCAUGCCAUCUUCUCCAACAGCAAGGUCUGUGGAGGUCGCUGCUUCAGUUCUAUGAAGCAAUAUCAGCCAUUGAUUGAUGAGAAAAAUAGCGGUGGUGAAGGGGUUGAGAAUCGGAGGGCAGAGCUGUGGCUGUACAACACUAUGAGUAGGCAGAAGGAGGUGUUCAAGCCCAAAGUAGAUGGGAGAGUAGGAAUGUAUGUGUGUGGUGUCACCGCAUACGAUCUCAGCCACAUUGGCCAUGCUCGUGUUUAUGUAUCCUUCGAUGUUCUCUACAGAUACCUGAGGCAUUUGGAGUAUGAAGUGAAUUAUGUUCGAAACUUCACUGAUGUAGAUGACAAGAUAAUUGCUAGAGCAAAUAAACUGGGGGAGGAUCCAAUAAAUUUGAGCAGACGAUACUGCCAAGAGUUCCAUGUGGAUAUGACAUAUCUUCACUGCUUGCCUCCUUCGGUGGAGCCAUGUGUCUCUGACCACAUGCCCCAAAUCAUUGAUAUGAUUAAGCAGAUUAUUGAUAAUGAUUGUGCCUACAGAGUCGAGGGGGAUGUGUACUUCUCGGUUGACAAAUUCCCAGAAUAUGGCCGAUUAUCUGGGCGAAAAGUAGAAGAUAAUCGAGCAGGUGAACGGGUUGCUGUUGACUCUAGGAAGAAAAAUCCUGCAGAUUUUGCUUUAUGGAAAGCUGCAAAGAAGGGGGAACCCUUUUGGGACAGUCCAUGGGGGCCUGGGAGACCUGGAUGGCAUAUUGAGUGCAGUGCCAUGAGUGCUGCUUAUCUGGGUUACUCAUUUGACAUUCAUGGUGGAGGGAUGGACCUUGUGUUUCCCCACCAUGAAAAUGAAAUUGCUCAGAGUUGUGCUGCCUGUAAACAGAGUAAUAUAAGCUAUUGGAUACACAAUGGAUUUGUCACCAUUGAUUCAGAGAAAAUGUCAAAAUCCCUUGGAAAUUUCUUCACAAUACGACAGGUUAUAGACAUUUACCAUCCGCUAGCUUUGAGGCUUUUCUUGAUAGGAACCCACUAUCGUUCCCCGAUCAACUACUCAGAUGUGCAGCUUGAAAGUGCCUCUGACCGUGUUUUCUACAUUUAUCAGACGCUACAUGACUGUCAAAAUGCGAUGGACCAGGAUGAUGUGACAAAGAAGGAUUCUGUCCCACCUCAUAUUUUGGAUUGCAUCAAUAAAUUUUACAAUGAUUUUCUGACUUCAAUGUCAGACGAUCUUCAUACUCCUGUUGUUUUGGCUGCUUUAUCUGACCCAUUGAAAACCAUCAAUGAUCUGCUACAUACUCGUAAGGGAAAGAAGCAAGAACUGCGACUAGAAUCACUGGCAGCUCUUGAAAAGGUUAUCAGAGAUGUUCUUACCAUUUUAGGAUUGAUGCCUGCAAGUUACUCUGAGGUAUGCAAAUGCAUUAUGACAAAACCUGCUUUGCUGCAGCUGAGAGAAAAGGCAUUGAAGCGCUCCAAGUUAACAGAAGAUCAAAUUUUGCAAAAAAUUGAAGAAAGGACCAUGGCAAGGAAGAACAAAGAGUAUGAAAAAUCAGAUGCAAUUAGGAAAGAUUUGGCUGCUGUAGGAAUUGCUCUCAUGGAUAGCCCGGAUGGGACAACUUGGAGACCAGCUAUUCCCCUUGCACUGCAAGAGCAGGUUGCUGCAACUUGAGUGUCUACAGCAUCAACACUAUCUUUCUAUCAUUGUGGCCAAAAUUCAGAUUUUCUGAAAUUAGUUUCUCCUCCAAAACAAAAUUAAGGUGAGUUUUGGAAUUUUGAAAUGGGGUAUGCAUGUGUGCUGAGGAUGAAUUAUUUAUUCUUUGUUGUGGGUGGACAUAUGAUCACUGUUAGGAAGAAAAUUUAUUUAUCAUGGAGGCAGGAGUAUUGUUUCAUUAAUGACGGAUGUUUUUCAUUUAAAAUAAGCAAUAUAUUUGUAGCUAAAUAAUGAUAGUUGGUUAUUCUUAUUCUUAGUGUCAAA